AUGGUGGCGCACGGCCAGCCAGCUGGAGGCCGCUCCUGGGCCAGCGUCGCGGCGGGCGGCAAGGCCAAAGGCAGCUGGAGCUACUGGGUCUGCUCCAGCGUGCUGUGCAGGGAGUGGAACUGGUGCUCGCACUGGAAGUGCCGCAGCUGCGGCCGAGUGGCCCCGCCGUGGGUCAAGGCCGCUCAGCCGCCCGCGGCAGCCACUGGCCAGGAGCAGCCCGCCGCCGACGCCGAGGGCUUCGUCGUCCAACCCCGUGGGGGGAAAGCGAGGCGCCAGGCCAAGCGCACUGCUGCCCGCGCGGCCAGCGCGGGGGCCGCCAGUCUGGCAGGCGUCAGCGAGGCUAGCAGCGUGCAGCGUUCGGCCGUCGAGUGGCACCGCCAGGAGGUCAAGCGCAUCGAGGACUUCCUCGCGGCCCCUGGCGAGUCCAUCGAUGAGGCGUGCCUGCAGUCGCUGCGCUCGGCCCUCGACCGCGAGCGUCGCAGGCUCGCGGCAGCAGAGGCGGCGCUGGCGGAGCGCAGGAAGGCCGACACCCCCCUGCCCAAGGCGCUCCACGGCGCUGGCAACGCCCUGGCGAAGCUGGUCAGGCAGGGGCGGGCCAAGGGGCAGGCGCUGCUCAAGGCCGAGGAGGCCCACGCGGCAGCCAUCGGAGAGCGUGAGGCAGCCAUCGCGCGAGAAGCUGCAUGCGCUGAGGCUGUGGAGGAGUGCCGAGCUGCUCUCGAGGCUCACCGUGAGGAGCAGAGGGCCGCAGAGGCCAGGCAAGCCAAGGAGGUCGGCGCGGCCUUCGUCGGCACGGACUUGCUCGGGAUGGUCUUCGGCCUCAUCCAGCAGGUUGAGGCCUUGCCCCAGGGGUUCUUCGCGGGCAACGGCGAGGCCGCCUUUGCGGAGGUGGCCAAGCAGAUUGCGGCAGACCUCGACGGGGAUAAGGGGGAUGGGGUGUGUGCCUCGUCAGGCCCCCCUCUGCAGGACGCUGCCGAGCGCGGCCAAGCAGCACGGCGAGGAGAAGCGCGCGGUGCGUGGCCCUCAGCCCAGCCGCUGGCGAGGGACCUGGCCAACGCUGGCGCAGCCCUCCUCGACGACCAGCCGCUGGCCGCUGACGAGCGGGUGGCCGAGACCCUCGACGGGCGCAGCCAAGCCAAGGUGCCAAGUGACCAGCAGAUGAGGAUGACGGCACAGGAGGCCUGCAUUGGCAAGGCGUGCCUCGGACCGCAGCCCGCCCCUGAGUCCGACCCUCGAGAUUCUGAGAGCCGGGUCUGCGAAAGAGCGGGCUGGAUCCACAACUGCGUCGCGGGCUUUGCGAUGGCCGCCCCGCACUUCGAGGCCAGCCUGCUGAUGGACAUCCGCAAGCUCUUCGAGCACGUGCGCCGCGACUUCCUCUGGCCGUCCGCCCAGCGCGUCGGCUUCUACCUGAAGUUGCUGCGCGGCCUCCUCGCCAUCUUCCAGGCCCCGGGGAUCGUGCUGGCAGGAGGCAUGGCGUCGGCCCCCCUUGGGGCCAGUGGCGCAGUGCUGGCGGGCUGUGCGUUACCCGACGACGGCCGCGCCUUGGACAUGCUGAUCUUGGGCCCCCGCGGGCUCGGGCUGCUUGCUGCGGCUGGUGCUCGCAGGGCCUCCGACAGGGCUGAGAUGGCGCGGCUUGGGCACGGCGCCGCCCCCGCCAUGCCCUUGUUCUGGGACGCCCUCGGCCAGGUCUUCGGCCUGCGCGGCCAGUUCAGCGGCAGGGAGAAGGCGGCCUGGAGGUCGGACGCGAUGGCAGUCAUGUGGGUGAACAGACCUGCCGUCGGGCUGCUAGGCGGUCGCCUCUACCCCGACGGCUCGACGCUCGACCCUGAGUUCGGAUGCUUCCGCAGGGCAGGCUGGGGCAUCGUGCAGUGCGACGAGUUCGGCAACCUGCAGGCGGCGGUGCACGGCUCGGUCCGCCUCGACCUGUGCCCUUUCCAAACGGCCAAGGACGGGGGGGACUUAGCGGUCUGGAUGCAGAGCCGCUACUUCGGGCCUUCGUUCAUCGAGUUCUUCGACUGUGAGUCCACAGUCAGCUGCUUUAAGCUCGGCAGGAGGUAUGCGACGGCGGCCUACAAGCCCAUCGCUCGGACCUCGGAGGGUCAGUGGCUUGGGUGCGCCCACGCUGACAGGCUGGCGAAGGCGGGAGCGGCCCUCCACAGUGCCAGCGCGUCUGCCAGGAGCGAGUUCUUCGGCGCGAAGGAGGUGGUGCGUGGGCUCUCCAUGUGGAUCGCGCAGGUUUCGAUCGCCUGGCAGGGCAGGGCCCCCAAGGACUGCGAGGGCCUCCCCGUGUGCGUCGUACGAUGGACGGCUGCCUCCGUCGCAGUCCCGCUGGGGGAGCGUGUUGACGGUUUGGGGGCGGCUCCCGUGUGCGUGUCGGACGCAGCGCCCGCCGCCGUGGAGGCCCGCGGGGAGCAGUCAGGCAGCCGCCCCGCCGCUGCUGGCGCCUGGGCCUCGGCUGCACGCGACGGCGGAGUCGCGCUGGGCGCCCUGGUCUUCGCCGUCGCUGGCCGCGCCCUCGCGUUCGCCAGGUGCGGUGAGGGCGGCGACGAGCAGGAGAUCAUGGCUUGCACCAAGUGCGGAGCAUAUGCGAGGCUAGGCGGACGCCCUGGCCCGCAGCCCAAGCUCAGGGAGCGCUGUCCUGGGGCAACUGGCCUCCCCAGGUCGCUGCGUGACCAGAAGUCGCGGUGGGAGCGUGGCCUCCACCCUGGAGGCACGCCGCUCGCCCGCGACACGCGGAGGAAGGGGGCGGAGACCCCUCGUCUUCGGAAUGAGGCUGAGGUGCCGCAGGACGCCAGAGUGCGCUUCCUGAAGUGGCUCGGUGUUCAGCCUGACGCACCAGCAGGCGUCGCGAGCAGCGCCUCGGCGGCUGGCGCUGCUGGGAGCGGCGCAGGUGGGGCUGCCUCCUCGUCGGCUGAGGUGCCCGCUGCGGCUGGUGGCACCGCAGAGGGAGUGGGCUCGCGGAAGGCCUGGCUGGAUGCUCGCGGCUUCGACGAGGAGAGCCUGCUGAGCUGGUCAGAGGAGGCCGAGGAGGCCCGACUCGAAUGCCAGAGCAGGAAGCGACGCAGAGAUGACGGAGAUGGAGGUGAUUGA